CAUAUAUAACAACCCAACCACCAUCCGAAACUAUUCACAACAACAAGCAACAUGUCCACACUGAAAUCAAUCACUUUCCUAACCUGCAUUGUGUUUACAUUCGCGUUAACACAAAAUGGCGGACCAUCAAUCAACCAACCAUCAACAACAAGUCAUGGAAAGAUUAUCAAUGGUUCCGAAGCAGUUCAAGGUCAAUUCAAAUGGCAAGUAGGCAUAAACUAUCACGAAGACAACAAGAAUCGUUUUGACGGUGGCGCCCUCAUCAGUAACCAAUGGGUAUUAACACGAGCAUACACAUGCAAAUACGGUUAUGCUUUUGAGGUUAUCUUAGGUGCAACCCUUCGUACGGAACCACAAGAAGGUAAAAUAACACGGCGUGGAAUUAAAGCCCUCUAUCACCCGCAAUAUGAAGCAUCCAGUCAAUAUAAUGUCGGAUUAUUGAAGAUGAAUACCCCGGUUGAGUUUAAUGAGUUUAUUCAAGCGAUUGGUUUACCUUUGGCUACGGAUUAUCUGGAAGAUGAUAGUGUGGUGCAGGUUAGUGGAUGGGGAUGGACGGGUGGAUUGCCUGGCGAUAGUGAAAAGUUGAAUUUUGUUGAAUUGAACACAAUCACAAAUGAAAAAUGUGUGGAGUAUUAUGAUAAGGAAAGGAUUUUGGAAAAUGUUGUCUGUGCGCAGGGGGAUAUUAUUCAAUCGACUUGUGCUGCUGAUUUGGGAGGUGCGCUUGUACAAUAUAUUGACAAUCAGUGGGUGCAUGUAGGCGUGGCUAGUUUCUAUGAUGAUUCGUAUUGUUCACAUGGUGCUCCUAGUGGUUAUGUGAGGACUUCAAUGAUUCUUGAUUUUAUUUAUAAUAAUAUUGAUUAAUAAACCAAAAAAAUUAAAAAUUUCAACAAUUUCAACAAUUA